GAUAAAGUACACUAGCGAACCCACACAAUGCAAUAUUUUUCUUUGGGCGUUGAAAACCUGACGUUCUUUUUGCUCUGAUGAAAUUCCACUUUCUCUUCCAAUAUCAACCAAUGGAACCCCAGAAGUUUGAAACAUCUAUUUCUCUUACCUUGCACUUUCUUUUCUUACCCUUUUUCACUUAGACCAUCAACAUCCAUGCAAUUCCCAUCCGUAUUUCUAUUACAUCAAAGAAUCCCACUUUGCAUUCUUUUAAGCGGAAUAAAACAGAUGAAAGAAUAAACUCACGAACUUUUUAUGCAUCUUCCUAGAUCAAUUUGUUCUCUUGCAUUUUGACAUGUCUGUUUUUUUUUUUUUUUUUUUUUUGAAGUGGGGUAUGAGGGAGAGAAAGAGGCAAUCAAGUGCUGUGAAGCACUAGACCAUAUUGCCUGCAACUGACAUCCAAAGCUUCACCGCAAUACAUAGCUUUUCCAAAUACCUUUAAGUUUAGGGUUUGUUUUCUUAAUUUUUCGUAGAGAAAGCAAGAUGGGGUUUCGGCAGAAAUUGGGUUUCUUCUGCAUUCACUUAAGUUUUCUUCUUUUCCUUGUUUCGCCACUCGUAAGCUCGUCCCAAGAACACAUGAAAGGUGCAGGCAGUGACAAUGACAACAUUCAUAAGAUGAGUCACAAACUGUCAUCGGAAAUCAGACUCCACGGGUUUCUUCUUUGGGCUUCAAUGGGGUUCUUGAUGCCUGUUGGAAUACUUGCCAUCAGAAUGUCACACGGAGAGGAAUGUGGAAGAAGGCUCAGAAUUCUUUUCUAUGUUCAUGGCUUAUCAGAGAUGCUCUCUGUCCUUCUUGCAACAGCAGGAGCAGUGAUGUCCUUCAGAAACUUCAACAACUCCUUCAACAAUAAACACCAAAGGGUUGGGAUAGGCUUAUAUGGCCUAAUAUGGUUGCAAGCCCUAAUUGGGUUUGUAAGGCCACAGAGGGGAUCCAAGGGAAGAAGCAUAUGGUUUUCUGUACAUUGGAUACUUGGAACUGCAGUGUCUCUGCUUGGGGUUCUCAACAUAUACACAGGACUACAAGCCUACCAUGAGAAGACCUCAAAAGGCAUAAAGCUUUGGACCAUAAUUUUCACUGCUCAAGUCAGUGCCAUCACCUUCUUCUACCUCUUCCAAGACAAAUGGUUGUACAUCCAAAAGCAAGGAGUGCUUCUGGGCAAUGAACCAAUACGGCCCACUGCAGAUCAAGAGCUUUUGCCAAUUGACAAGCAAAAGCAGUCGGUGACUGAUUCUAGCUGAGAAGGCAAAUGACCCAAUGGCUGGCUAGUUUUUAACUAACAUGGAAUUUCUCUGUUUUUGCUGGUAUAUUUUGAAAUUAUCUUGUAAUCAGUGUUUUAAAACGCGCGCUUAGGGGUCCUAUGAGGUUGGGCUUGAGGGUUACCGUCUUUGUUUUGAGGGAGUGGGCGGAAGGCGCCGCCAGAGCCACCUAAGUGCGCCUCAGGGGAAAUUUUUUUAUUUUUUUUUACUCCCAAACCCAAAUUUUGGAUAGGGUUUUAACUACCUCAUACCUCUUCCUUGCAUUAUCAUCUCUCUGCCUUGUUUUCUGAUUUUUAUUUUUUAUAUAAAGGAUGUGUGUGCCGUCUGCGUGCAUUGUUAUAUAUGUGCUCAUUGUGUUUUUCAUCCUCUAUUAUAUAUAUAUAUAUAUAUAAUAUAAUAUAUGUAUA